AUGCAGAGCUUCCUGCUCAGAAUUGUGCUCUGCGGAGCACUUUCCUGCGCUUUGCCGAUCAUCCCGAAAACUGACCAGAUCACAAAAGGAGACGAACAACUUGCUGAGAACUAUCUCCACAACUACUACCCUGAUCCAGAAGGAACCCGAGUCGUAAGAAGCAUAAACAAUAAUAAAAUGGCUGAUAAAAUCCGACAAAUGCAGGAAUUCUUCGGGCUAAAAGUGACAGGCCAACUGGAUUCAAAUACGCUGGAUGAAAUGAAGAAACCUCGAUGUGGGAUGCCUGAUAUAGGAGAAUUUCGCACCACUCGUACACUUAACAAAUGGCCACGGAAUCACUUGACAUAUAGGAUUCAGAACUUUACACCUGACAUGGAUCAUGCUGACGUAGUGGAUGCUAUUGAGAGAGCUUGGAAAGUGUGGAGUGACGUGACCCCCUUGACCUUCACCAGAAUAUCCACAGGAACUGAAGAUAUAUUGAUCUCUUUUGUUGCAGGAUACCACAGAAGCAAUCGCUUUGAUCGUUCCUUUGACGGGUAUGGGAACGAAUUGGCUCAUGCUUUUUAUCCUACUUAUGGUGGGGAUGCCCAUUUUGAUGAGGAUGAAUAUUGGACAAAGGAUUUGAAAGGAACAAAUCUUUUUCUUGUUGCUGCUCAUGAAUUUGGACAUGUCCUGGGUCUUGACCAUUCCAAUACUUUUGGGACUCUCAUGUAUCCAGUAUAUGUGCCUUCAAACCCCCAAACCUUCAGACUUCAUGAGGAUGACAUUAAGCGCAUCCAGUAUCUUUAUGGACAACCUGAAAAUGUUAAUGAUGUUAAUGUUAAUUAUGAUGAUGACCAGCUAGAACCCUCCCAGUUUACCACAAACUCUCCAUCAGAAGAACCAUCACUGAACCAGUGUGACCCUCACCUCUCUUUUGAUGCUGUUGCCACUCUCCGAGGAGAGACUCUCUUCUUUAAAGACAGCUUCAUGUGGCGGAUAAAUCCUCAAAAAGGGAACAUUGAAAAAGGUCCUACUUCUGACUUCUGGCCAAAUUUGAAAGGUGGCAUCGAGGCUGCAUAUGAACUGGAAGAUAAAGACGUCUUAUUUCUUUUUAAAGGACAGAAGUAUUGGGCUACCCAAGCAAAUAUUAUACAGCCAGGUUAUCCAAAGAACAUCCACACCUUAGGCUUCCCCCGAAGUGUAAGAAAAAUCGAUGCAGCUCUUUUUGACAAAGAGACAAAGAGAACAUUAUUCUUUUCAGGAGAUGAAUACUGGAGUUAUAAUGAAACACAGAAUGCUAUGGAGGACGGCUAUCCAAGAGACAUCUCCUCACACUUCCCUGGAUUUAGUUCUACGGUGGAUGCUGCUUUACAACAUAACGGACGCAUCUAUUUAUUCAGUGGCUCAAAUCAAUAUGAAUUUGACAGCAAGCACAGAAGGCUAAUUGGCAUAAAGAGGAACAACUCCUGGUUUGGCUGCCAGUGA